AUGCUUGCCAAGCUCCAGCUGGACACGACUUGCUUCCCCAUUCUGGGCUCCACAAGAACCUCACCCAGCACAGGACUCCCUCCUCUGGAGAAACUUGAACUCAUAACCAGAGAUAGGAAGAAGCACAGAGUGCUCAACGGAGGAGGGUUCAAGAAGGGUUUUGGUGAAACUCGCAGACCCAACAAUGGUAAUGGUGGGAGUGUUGUUCAUGGAGUUGGGUUGAAAAAACGGGGUUUUGGGAAGAACCCAGAUGAGGAAAAGGGGUUAGAAGAUGUGGGUAAUGGUGGGUUUGUGGAAAGGAAGGAACUUGGGGUUGAGUUGGGUGGGAAUGGUGUGGUGAAGAAAAUGCAGACCACGUGUUCGACGAAAUGGCUGAGUUACGGUGGGUGCAUUCCGGCGAUGUUGACGGCGGUGGAGGAGGUUGAGGACUUGGAUGAGGCACUGAAGCCGUGGGAGGAGAGGCUGAGUAACAAAGAAAGGAGCAUAAUUUUGAAGGAGCAGAGGAGUUGGGUGAGAGCUUUGGAGAUUUUCGAGUGGUUUAAGAGGAAAGGGUGUUAUGAGGUUCAUGUGAUUCAUUACAAUAUAGUGCUUAGGAUUCUUGGGAAGGCGAAGAAGUGGAGACAUUUGAGGAGUGUUUGGGAUGAGAUGAAUGUGGAGAGAAUAGAACCUAUCAACUCGACGUAUGGGACUUUGAUUGAUGUUUAUAGUAAAGGUGGGUUUGAGAAAGAAGCGCUUGUUUGGCUGCAGAGGAUGACCAAGCAAGGUAUGAAGCCUGAUGAGGUUACUAUGGCGAUUGUGCUGCAGUUGUAUAAGAAAGCAGGGGAGUAUCGGAAAGCUGAGGAGUUUUUCGAGAAAUGGUCAGAGAGUGCAUUGCAUUCUCAUGGCUCUUUGAGCUCACAUACGUAUAACACAUUGAUCGACACGCAUGGAAAGGCUGGCCGGCUUAAAGAAGCAUCAGAGAUAUUUGCACUGAUGCUAAGGGAAGGGAUUGCUCCAACUACGGUAACUUUCAAUACUAUGAUUCACAUUUGUGGUAAUCAUGGUCAGCUUUCGGAAGUUGAUUCACUUAUGCAAAAGAUGGAAGAGGUUCGAUGUCCACCAGACACGAGAACGUAUAAUAUUCUGAUUUCCCUCCAUGCUAGGCAUGAUAAUAUAGACAUGGCUACAAACUACUUUGCAAAGAUGAAGGAGGCUUGCCUUGAGCCAGACCCUGUGAGUUACCGCACCCUUUUGUAUGCAUACUCUGUGAGGCACAUGGUGAGCAAAGCUGAAGAGCUCGUAUCAGAGAUGGAUGAAAGGGGACUUGAGAUUGAUGAGUUCACUCAUUCGGCUCUGACUAGGAUGUACAUAGAAGCUGGGAUGCUUGAGAAGUCUUGGGUUUGGUUCAUGAGAUUUCAUCUCUCAGGGAAAAUGGGAUCUGAUUGCUAUGCUGCCAAUAUUGAUGCAUACGGAGAGCGUGGGCAUAUUUCAGAAGCUGAGAAAGUUUUUAAUUGCUGCCGAGAAGUAAACAAGUUGAGUGUCGUUGAGUUCAACGUGAUGAUCAAAGCGUAUGGGGUUGGGAAACAGUACAGUAGAGCUUGCCAGUUGUUUGAUAGCAUGGAAAGUCAUGGUGUAAUUCCGGACAGAUGUAGCUAUAGUUCUCUAAUACAAAUUUUGGCUAGUGGUGAUAUGCCACAUACCGCAAGGCCUUAUCUGAAGAAGAUGCAUGAGUCAGGGUUGGUACAUGAUUGCAUCCCUUAUUGUGCUGUGAUAUCAAGCUUUGCAAAAUUAGGUCAAUUGGAAAAGGCGGAGGAAGUAUAUAAACAGAUGGUUGGAUUCAGUGUGCAGCCUGAUGUUAUUGUCUUUGGGGUGUUGAUAAAUGCUUUUGCUGAAGUUGGAUGUGUUAAAGAAGCUCUCAGUUAUGCUGAUGCAAUGAAAAGGGCAGGUUUCCCUGGGAACACAGUUAUUUACAAUACCUUAAUCAAGCUCUAUACUAAAGUUGGCCUUUUGAAAGAAGCAGAAGAAACAUACAAACUUCUUCUGGCCUCAGAGGAUGGUCCUGCUAUAUAUGCCUCAAAUUGUAUGAUUGAUCUUUAUAGCGAGCGAUGUAUGGUUAAACCAGCAGAAGAGCUCUUUGACAGCUUGAAGAGCAAGGGGGAUGCAAAUGAGUUUACAUUUGCAAUGAUGGUGUGUAUGUAUAAGAGAAUGGGGAGGUUUGAGGAGGCCAUUCAGAUUGCAAAGCAGAUGAGGGAACUGCGACUUUUAAGUGAUGUGCUGAGUUAUAAUAAUGUUAUUGGGUUGUAUGCUACAUAUGGAAGAUUCAAAGAAGUGGUGGGAACCUUCAAGGAAAUGACGAAGGCAGGCAUUCAACCUGAUGAAUGCACAUUCAAAUCACUGGGACUUGUUUUGGUGAAAUCUGGACUAUCAAAGCAGGCCGUGGGAAAGCUGGAAGUAUCAGUUAAAAAGGAUGCACAGAGUGGUUUGCAAGCUUGGAUGUCAGCCCUCUCUGCUGUUGUCAGAGUGAAUGAAAGUAGUUAUAGGUAGAUACUACCUCUGCAAGCAGCCUUUUUGAUCAUCGACUAUCUGAUAUUGUGCCGCAGCUUCUUGCAGAUCAAUGAAACUCGAUCAAGGAACUGGGCUUUCGAAUUGUGUAUGCUUGGUAUCAUCCUGCAUUACCUUGGUACAGACAAGGGGUGAUCACAAAUUUUGACAGAAACAAGACACAUAUGACCUGUUGUUUAAUAGGAGAACUUGGCCUGUGUAUAGUGCUGAUCGGCACAGCAACUUUUGUAAGGCCAAGCCUGAGUGGUCUACUGGAACAAGGCGCUGUAUCAAAUAGAAUCAUUUGUAAGCUGCUUGUAUGGCUGAUUGUAUGGCUGAUUAUGGCUCAUUCGCUGAGACAGUAAGAUGCCCAUCAAUUCAUCUAAUGUUGUAAAAUGAAGGGAGAAUUGAAGUU